CAACUACACCAUCCAGCCAACUGUUGAUAUUUGCUUUUGCUGAUCGGAGAUUAUGUUCUCCCGGUCAAUGUGAAGGAUCUCACCACUGCGGCUUCUGGCUGCUCUCUUCUCCUCACACCAUGGCUUCAUUACAGGUUUCGGCAUCCAUCCAUCAACGUUACUAUGAGAUCGUCUCCUACAUCAGGCCACUCAUGCUCGCCAUGGACGACAACCUCAGAUGCCGGUUUACCCCCUAUUAUGACAUAUCUCCAAGCCACUGUCUACUCCAUGUCCGAGCCGGUUGCAAUAGUUCGGCAUCCUUCGCGACGGCAACUGCCCCCGUCUUAUGCACGGCAUACACGGCAUGCCGUCACGAUGCUGACCGGUGUCUGACUCGGAUGAACUCGGCGCCUCACACCUCAGUGGCUCAACCAUCUGCAUCCUCACUUCUCCAUCCCGACCCGAAAAUCCUGGCAGCUAUUCGGAGCUGUGGAGCUCUGAACCCAUACGUGUCAAUUGCCAAACAAUCAGCGCAGCAAAACUUACCCGGCUAGCAUUUCCUGUCAGAGUUGUGAAGCGCGAAUAACACGAGUUUAGGCUAAACGUCUGCCGGAAAAAGGGUGAGAUUGACGCUAUAGUCUGGCACUAUCAACUCUACGCGAGGCGCGAGACACGCAUCCAAGUGGUCCAGGUGCAGCUCCUGGCAGGUCAGCCGGCUUGGUCGGCACAGUCCAAGCUGGUUCGUACACUGCUCAUGACUAACUGCUUUGGACCGGUGGGCCCCGAGGAUUUCUGUAGACUACGAGGUUUCAGUUGAACCGGAAAUGAUUAAUUUCGCCAGAGGUUCUGGAAUCCUACAAGGAUAUCUAGCUCAGCCCGGCGAACACCCAUAUAAGGAUUGACAGUCUGGAGUCUGGAGGCGGGCUAAGUUUGUUGAUAA